AUGACGUCAUCAUUUAAAUUCCUCUCAUCUCCAUUCUUGCUGCUUCUCAUUCUCCAUUGCGCCACCACCACCCUAUCUCAGACCACCGCGCCGGCGCCGGCACCACCAGGACCCACAAACAUUACCAAAAUCUUGGAAAAAGCCAGCCAAUACACCAUUCUCCUCCGCCUCUUUCGCAUGACCCAAGUCGGCGACCAAAUCAACACCCAACUCAACAACUCCGAUCAGGGCAUCACCGUUUUUGCACCCACCGAUAAUGCAUUUUCCGGCCUCAAAGCCGGUUCCCUGAACUCCCUCUCCGAUCAAGAAAAGGUCGAAUUAGUACAGUUUCAUGUCGUUCCGACGUUCAUCUCCACCUCACAGUUUCAAACUGUUAGUAAUCCUUUAAGGACACAGGCAGGAGAGAGUACCCAUUACAAGUUUCCGUUAAACAUAACCACCUCCGGCAACCAGGUGAACAUAUCGACCGGCGUCGUUGAUGCCACGGUGGCAAACACUAUUUAUAGCGACGGUUCUCUUGCUGUCUAUCAAGUGGACAAAGUGCUAUUACCAAUGAGCUUGUUUGGUCCACCAGCGCCAGCGCCGGCACCGGAGCCUAAGAAAACUAAGAAGAAAUCGAACGCCGAUGAGAAUACUCCGUCUUCCAAUGACGGUGUUGUCAACGCCGACGCCUCCGGUACUGUUAGUUUCGAUCGGCAAUUGCAUGGCUCCAUUGCCGGAGUAAUCGUUUUCAUGGCGAUGUUUUGUUUGUGACGAUAGACGGUCAUGACUGUCCCAGAUCGGAUUACCAAAUUGGAUCCUACCUUUUGUUUUUUGGUCUGUUGAGAGGGGUGUGAUAGAGUGCGGGGGUGUUUUUUAAAAAUAUUUGCAACCUUUGUUAUCCUACCAUCCAUGUUGUCAAGUGUCAAUCUUUUUGGAUAAAUAUUUGGCAUUCCUUUAUCCUUAUGCAUUAAUGUCUUAAAAUUAUUGUUAUAUUU